GCGCCUGGGCAGCAGUUGCAUCUUUUUCUAGCUUGCACAUGUAUGUUGUUUAGUGUCCAUGUCUUUGGCUAGCACUUGACGGUGACCUGGACACGCGCACCUCCGCGGCCAAAUCGAGACAGGAGAGGUUCAAUGCCCGAACAGCAGCGCCGCUCAUGGCACCAGCCUGAAGUCCCCAAUCUCUCCCCGGAUUCAUAUACCGCACAGCGACUGCAACAUGCGACACCUGAACAUUUACACCUCACGUCGAGGCGCUACUUCAUCGGUCCUAUCCCGACUGCAUGGCUGAGCAAACGUCGACAUGACUGGUACAAACACCAUCUACGAAUCAAUUACUCAUCGCGCGCCGCGACCUUCUCCUCAGACCCGCGUGAGGCGCGCCAACGCCAGCUGAGCGGCCAGGAAGGCCCCAGUUCGUCUGCCCUCUUCCAACACAGCUUCCCCCAGCCCGAAGAACUCGAAGCAGAAGAAGAGGAAGGCGCGCAGGAAUCCGAGGCUAGCGGCGCAAAUGGCACGGCAGGUGCGACUGCGACAACACCCCCUGCUUUAGCGAUACCUCGGGGCUCAGAGCAAAAGAGCCAUGUCAUAGUAGAUACCGAAGAAGAUGAGUUUGUCGACGCGCCAUCCGAACCAGAGGAUGAGGAAGAUCAAGAGGACGAGAGCCAUGCAAACGGUGCCAACACGGAACAGAGGACCCUUCGAUCAAGUAACAAGUCAUUUGUCACCGCAUCCUCUACACCCAUUACAGAUGGAGACGACUCCGAACGGGCACAGGCGAAUGGAUUACAGCUCCCUCCAAGCCAAGAUGAGCCAGGAGCCAAGGCUCUCGGAAAACGACCGUUGUCCAACGUCGAAAGCUUUGGUGCUGCUGCAUCGACUACCGGAGCCGCUUCUGUAGAUGCUAACUCAACAUCGUCUCUACUACAUAAGGCUGACAGUAACAAGGCCCCGGCUCCCGCUGAUGUCGAUCCGACACCACCCGCGAAAAGCAUACUGGCAAGGGUCAAGAAGAGGUCAGAGAUUCGCUCAACUCCCUCGGGAGAGUUGAAUGGAACAGAUCCUGCGACGGGAGAGUUGACGCGCAAAAAGUCGAAGCUACAGAAUUUGGUCAAAUUCGACAUUCCUGAAGACUCUAGGCUGGCUAACAUCCAACUCAAAGCAAAGAAAGCGCAGAUGACCGUUCAGAGAGCAGGCAGCAAGGUUCGGAGGCAAAAGAUAAAGGACGGGCUUGUCGUGAAGAUGGAGCGAAUGCUCGUCCGAGUCGAUGCUGCAGCAGAGGUUCCAGAAGAUUUUGAUGAGAACGUCAAUCAACGAGUUGUGUCUCGCGUCAAAGACAAGUGGCGGGAGUAUAUGGUGGUUUGCCGGCAUAGUCACGUUAACGACGCCGACUUUGUGCUGCAAUUUUACCAGACUAGGGUCAUUCCGGAAAUUGAACAUGCCGGUGCAAGCAAGAAGGCUGCAUAUACAAUUCCACUGGGCCGGAAAACUAGCAAAGUCAACCUUUAUUCGUCGCUGGACAAGUCUAUAGUCGUUUCGUCGCCCGGGUCACGGGAAACCCUGAUAUUCAUCAUGCAGGCCCGAACCGCCUCCAAUGCCGUCGAGUGGUAUACCUUUCUUAGAAAUGUCCUCGGCUGGCUGCGCGCCUCUGAGCUCCAAAUCAACAUACCAGACAUGAGCCUUAGCGUACGAAUAGUCAACCCGUUCGAGAAACUGGAGGCGUCCCAAAAUGCAGUGCACAAGGCGGCAAACGCCGAAGAGGCUGUACUGAGGACAAUGCAUGAGGAACAGGCUGUUGCGGAGGACUUGAUCAGACGCUGCUUGGAUCAAUUACAAGACUCGCCAGAAUGGCGGGACGUGUUAGACUCGUGGAUCAAGGACCAGCGCAUAGGUCUGGCUUGGAAGCGAUACGAUCGGCUCGAAUGGAUACAUGGAGCAAACGAACGAAAGAUGUACGGCACCAUAGCCAUGCUCAAGUCGCACGAACUGGAACUGCGACCAAAGACACAUUAUCCUACAACAGCGAUAACGAAGAAGAAGCGUAAGACGCUAACAGAGCCGGUUCCUGUGGAGGGCUUCCUGAUUAGACUGACGGGCCAGCGAGGGAGGGCAAAGCGGCUAGGACUCAUGUACCACAAGCAGUUGUACUUUGCCAGCCAUGAUCAGUUCCUGGUCUUUUCACGUCCCACCAAGGUCACUCCACCCCCACCACCGAAACUGCCUGCCUCGGAAAAUGCCGCGGUGCCGACAGCUCAGGCCGUCAAAGACGCAGUGCCGGACAGCUGGGCUGUCAACCCGUAUGGGCUACAAGAUGGCGAAAUCGAGUGGCUGGUGGAUGGUCAAUCAAGCACGCCCGAGGCCAGACGACUGCGCGAUGAGGAUGCAGCGGAUGAAGCGGCGCGCAAAGAACAGAAUCUGCUCAACUGCGACGGAUACAUCAACUUGGCCGACGUGGUCAAGGUUCGUAAAGCCCGACUAGGUGCUAGCCCCGCUGAUGCGGACCUCGAAGACGGUUCGGACGUAGACUUUGAUGAAGAUGUCGAUGACUCGAUGAGUAAUGACGGUGCUACAAACGAGGUCGAUAUCAACCGCAGUCUUGAGCUGGUGAUGAAGAACGGCCUCAUCAUUCGUCUACAGGCCGCUAACAAAGCCCGCCGAAAGGAAUGGAUACAACAUCUACGAGCGCUUGCAAAGUACUGGAAGCACCGUACUGCAGCUGACAUUGUACUCUACAAGUCCACGCGUGAACGCAACCUCAGCGCCCUUAAGAUUGACGAAGAAACAGAAGCUCAUGUUGGUCAAUUCGCUCGCAAGUGGGAAGUGACACAGUCUUUUGCAUCCCCACAGCUCUACAACAUGUGUGGCAUCGGUGGGUGCCGUAGUGUUCAUAUGAGUGGGAUGCUCUACCGCAAGCCACGCAUCCACGCUCCCUUCACGCGUUGCAGCGUCAUACUCACCGCCGGAACAUUACUCAUCUUCCGCGAUGUGUUGCGAAAUAGGGUCGGAAAACAACUCGCAAACAUCCACCAUGAGCGCAUCGCAAACUUGGAUCUCAAAGACUGCUACAUCUACUCGGGUCUGCUUACAGAGAGUGAUCUCCUCUACCAGAACCAAACCUUCGAUGCCAACAAGCCAGGCCACCACGCUCUGCCACGCAUCUAUCUGGAGGAUGGUUGGACGUCUACAGACGAGGAUGUCAUGACGACAUUUGUCAUCUGGCACGGUAAAGCCAAGAGCUGGUUCCGCGCAGAAGAAGGCGCUGGUGGUGGCGAACAAAAUCGCAAGGAGGGCAAGCGGACGAAAUUGAAGCGCGUCGCUAAGUUGGGCAGCAAGGGUCGUAGUGUGGUCUUUCGGGCUCGGUCGCGUGCAGAGCGUGAUCACUGGGUGUUGGCGAUUCAAACAGAGAUUGAAAGGAUACAGGGAGAUGAUGGUAAUCCGGAUUUCAGGUUCGAGGAAAGUGGUAAUGCUAAAUAG